GAAUUAAAGGGAAUGCGCAGCGGUAAUGCUACUCUGUUGUCCUGGAGAAGGGACUAGCAGUUCAUAAGAAGAGGAAGGUGGAACGGCGGCGAAUACGGACGCUUUUGCUUGUUGACGUUGCUUGCAUCUAGUGCUAUUUCCUAAUGGCAACGGAGGAUCAAAGGAAAUCGGUACUACCGCCUAUAUCGGAAAUCUGUACGCUACCGACACUUCAGGGCUACAAUAACAAUAAUAAUAACAAUAACAACAAUAACAAUAAAGACACUGAGGGUAGCGAGAAUACGGCCACUGCUACAUCAAGCGCUAUCGAAUCAAGCGGGACGGAAACACACAGUUUCGGGAACGGCUCUGGAGUCAAUCCUACUUUGGGAAAUAACGGAAAAUGGGUUCGAUUGAACGUCGGUGGCACCGUAUUCCUCACAACACGGCAUACCCUACUAAAAGAACAGACUUCCUUUCUUUACCGUCUCUGUCAACAACAGGACUUGCAUUCAGACACGGACGAGACUGGGGCAUAUGUGAUUGACAGAGACCCCACCUACUUUGGUCCAAUCCUCAACUACCUGCGACAUGGCAAGCUGGUCUACAACAAGGAGCUAGCUGAAGAAGGUGUGUUGGAGGAGGCUGAGUUCUACAACAUCACGCCUCUGAUCAAACUGAUCAAGGAGAGGAUCCUAGAGAGAGACUGUAAAGUCACACAGCAGGCGCCUCCUAAACAUGUGUACCGGGUGUUGCAGUGCCAGGAGGAGGAACUGACCCAAAUGGUGUCCACCAUGUCGGACGGAUGGAAGUUUGAGCAGGUCAGCGUGCGCACCUGCAGAAAGGCCCGCACCGGACUGCUCUGGACUAUGGUGAACAUUGGUUCGUCUUACAGCUAUGGGACAGAGGACCAGGCUGAGUUUCUGUGUGUGGUCUCCAAGGAGCUACACACCCCUGGGUCAGGCCUGGGCACUGAACAGAGCCACAAAACUAAGUCUUCAGAGGUGCAGGAGGAGGAAGGAGGAGCGCAGGAUGAUGAUGAGGAGGGAGGAGGGAGAAAUACGCCCCCGAAUGAGUGGAUUAGAGAAUGACAGUCUUGUGUCAGUGUUCCAAAGACCUGAAUGGUGAGGAUCAAGGCUGGUGUUGUUGGCUGGUGGUGGAGUAGUAGCAGUGUUAGAAGGUGUGAGAUCAAAAGGGAUCCAGGGGUAUUUAACAUCGUAGCAUCGUCUCCUUUGCUCAGAUCCUGUACCAUAUUCAAGGACCAAGAAAAGACUUCAACUUUUAUGAAUGUUUUGGGGGAUUGAAGCUGGACUAGGUAACAUUCUGAAAAGAAUUCAGCUUUUUCAGAUCCAUGGAUCCCGGAUGUACUAGAGAGAAUUUUAUUUUUUUAGCUUGACAUUUCAUUGUGUUUGUUAAUAAUUCUGUUAUUGUUGUUCCUUUUGAAAAUAACAAUAACUGCUUUAACAUGUUAGAAGAUUAGCAAGAAAUUAGCAAAAAUAUUCCUCCCUCCAGAAGCAAAAUGUCAACAUAAGUGUGUAAACAAGGAUGUUUGUAAAAGCACUUUGUAUUAUCAUUCCAAAUCUUUUAAUGUAUUUUAGUUUUUUUCAUAAAUUAUAAAAUACAAUUGACCAAAGACAAUUACAAACAGUACUGCAAAUCAAUGUGCUCAUCUAAAUGUGAAAAGGGGUUUGAAAUUGCUUGAUACAGGGGUGAGACACGGGUGAGAGUGGCAAAUACACAACCUAAGAUAUGGGCCUGAGCCAGGGGUAAGAUAUGGACUUGAAUCAGUGUUGGCACAUGGCCCUGACCCAGGGGUAAGAUAUGGGCUUGAAUCAGACACUGGCCAGGGGUGAGAUAUGGGCUUGAAUCAGACACAGGCCAGGAGUGAGAUAUGGGCUUCAAUGCAGUCGCAGGCCAGGGGUGAGAUAUGGGCUUGAAUCAGACACAGGCCAGGGGUGAGAUAUGGGCUUCAAUGCAGAUCUGUCUGUCACUCUGAUCUUGCUCCAGAUCGUCUCUGGCCUAUGACAGGAACAGGAUAACGAUACAAUACCCUAGUUUUGACCUGAGGCCGUAGGGCCACUGGUUCCAUCUCUCUUCUACAGCUGAUUCUGGAAUGGUAGGCUCUGGAAGACCAUGGGUUUGUAUUACAUGUUUAUUUAGAGCAAUGAUGGUCUGUUUUUGAUCAUAGCACAUGUAGUGUCACAGAAGUGCAGAUUUCUUUUUUUUAAAUACAGUAAAUGAGAGAAAUAGAGAUGAAACCCUGUCAAACUGAUUGUCAAAGCCUCAAUGACCAGUUAUAAUGACUUCAUAGCAACUGCAUCCAGAGAAUGUCACCGUCCAUCAACGGCUGUCUGUACCACCUUCAAAUCCGGGAAGUACAAUAAUUAUAGUCUCUGCGUGACAACACAACGAUCAACGUUUUGACUUUAUUUCAUUUAAAGGCUUUCAAGGAGGCAGUCUUAAAUUUUUGUGCACUUAAGAGUAAUUUUAAUUUCGGCCUUUUGACAUUAAAUAGCAUUUUUUAAAGUCUUGCAAUAGAGAUUUUUGGGUGCCUUGAUUUCAAGCAAAAACAAUGCCAUAUAGGCAUGUAACUGGAGUGUCUGGCCAGACGUUUUUCAGUCAGUGGUAGGUAAUAAGGACAAACCAUUUAGUAAAUACUGUAUUUGUUGUAGUUAUUUUAUUCAUAACAUUUUUCGAUAUAACAAUUACUACUUCUGUGAAAUCAUUUUUCCUGCCAAGCUUUUUUUCUGUUUUUUUUGUUUUGUCUAGCCAUGUGUCUGGUGUAGACCUCAUUUUUGGUGAUGUUUAAAUAUUAUGUAGCCUGAACUCAAAUGGUCUCUGCUUUCCCCAAGACAUCAGAAGUUGAGCUGAAAGCCUUGUAUUCCUAAGCGUGUUUGUUUAUUUUUCUACUUAUCCAUCAGCAUGACAUAUUUGAACUUUAUUUUAUAUGUAUUGUUUAAGUGUAGAUAUGGGAUUUACUGUAGUAUAUUUCAUCUUGUUUCUGGACAGUAGUUUAGUACUUUUUCUUAGGCAUCCAAUGCUGUUACAUUAUAUAUGUAUUUCUUUCAUGGUUUUAGCAGUAAUUGGAAUCAGGCUUCAUUAUUGUUAUCAAUAAGAACAUUAUGUUAAUAUGUGUAAGGCAAUUGUGCACAGUCAUAUAUAAUUUUAUUUAAAAUGUGCAAGAGUGCAGACUUCCUUUGUACUCCCUUUAACUAUAGCCGCAAUGUACUUGGAAUACACAAUCAUGAAUUCUCAGACAUCAGGAACAAUUGCAUUGCCUACAUAUACUGUAUGUAAAGAAUCAUAUCAAAAUGUUUUCAGUCCAGAACCCCCUAUUUGUAUAAUGCAAUGCAAUUUCAACAACUGUAAAAGAUAGUACAUUGUCACAUAAAGAAAUAAAGGUUAAUUUAAUGUAA